AUGCAUAUCCUUAAAGCAGCCCUGCUCGCCUUUAUGGCCCUCACGCCCUCAACCCUGGCAAGACAAAUCCGAUCCCGCACCGAACAAAUCACCCCGGAAGUGGAAUACUACUACAAGAGUCACAACCUCGCCCUCGAUACUUACAAGCCCUCGAGCAGCGACACAAUGCAAGAACAAGCCACCAAAAUGAUCUCAUGCAGCAUGGGCAAAAUGGACUGCGGGACAGACAUGUUCUGCGACCUCGAGUUGAUGACGUGCAUGACCAAGGUCCCCGUCGGAAUGAGCUGCCACUCCAACGAAGGCUGUACCUCCGGUGUCUGCGGUAAUGCGAACAUGUGCGUUCCCAAGGCUGGCGAGUACGGGUCUCAUUGUAUGGAUCCGUCCAUGUGUAAAGAGGGGAUGACUUGUCGGUAUGGAAUGAUGAAUAUGGAUCAUAUGGAGUGUCUUGAUAUGGUUAAGGGAGCUUAUGGGGCUGAUUGUGCUGUGGAUAAUGAUUGCAAUGCGGGUCUUUAUUGCAGGAAUAUGGAUAUGAUGGAUGGGAAGGGUAGUGAUGUGUCGCAGAGCAAGAUGAUUUGUAUGACCAUGACUGGAAUGAGAUCUUGCAAGCCUGCUGGGUUGGCUUGUGGGAAUUCUUCUCAGUGUUGUUCUGGGAGGUGCCUGAUCCUGGCGGGGACUGUGAUUCCUCGAUGUGUUUAG